AUGCCUGAGCUGCCGUAUGCCGUGGUGAACGGCGCGUACCUCUUCCUUGUGCUGCAGCUUCUUUUUCUGCUGGCAGUCGUGUGGCAGAGCGUUGUCGCAGCGAGUCUUCUGUUUUCGUUCGUGUCCCUCUCCUGUCUGGAGUCAGUGCGCUGGGGUGCGCUCGAUUCGGGGAAGCAGCAAAACCAAUCUCUGCAUGCUGAGGUCGUGGUCGUUAGGCCCUCAACCGCAGAGGUAAGCCGAAAACAGAACGACGGCGGCACAGAGGUGUCUGUGUCAGCGCUGCACGCCACACACAAGCCGCCUGCGCCCGACGGCUGCCGGGCAUCUUGUUACCGCUGCACGCCACCACCGCCACGCGAAGAGCGCAGCUCUGUCACGAUCGCGAGCUGCAUGAAGUGCGACGGUGACCUUGCGUCACCUGACAUGGGCCCUCCGAGUACGAGUCGUGAACGCGAGCCUUGCAGAGAUGCAGGCAACGUCUCUGCGGGGCUGUACUCUCCCAUUCCAAACGGCGCCGACAACACACUCAUCUACUUCUCCUCCGCAUCGAACGGGCCGAACACGGAGAGGCUAAUCGCAGAGAACGUGUGCACUCAAGGGGAUCAAGACGACGCGCAAGCGGAGAUGCAGCACCGGCGACGUGGCGCACCGGUGUCAAAGUCUCAGAUGCACGUGCAGUCCUUCUACCUAGCACCGCGCAGCGGGUGGGUGUUUGCAACAGCAGUGAUCAGCCUCGCCACUGUGUGCGCGUCGGUCGUCCUUUUCGGGCUUCUCUACUCGUCCAUGCAAGUCGAUGCGUCCCCCGCUGGCGCUGUCCUGCCUGGAUGGGCCACCACACCAGUGGCCAAGUCGCUCCUUACCGUUUGUGUGGGCAUCCAAGUGCACAGCUCAAAUCCAAAGCUGUGUUUUUGUGGGGCGACCGCUUGCCUCUCCGUCGUGAGCUUGACGAGCUGGUGCUUGCUUCUCUCCCGGGCUCUGGGUGGGUGUGUGCAAGGGGCUCACAAAGCGGCGUCUUUGGUCGUGGCUGGUUCGCGUGUGACGGCCACCUCCAGGUGGUCACGCGUGCGAGUUGGGUGGAACACGGCACUGCGACUCUUCACUGGCGCUGUCACAUCUGCGCCCUACUCUUUGGGAUGGGUGGGUGCAGCGGGUGUCGGACAAGGAACCGCGUUGGGGUUGCUUUCUCUGGCUGUGGUGAUGGUAGUGUUGCUUCUCUCCUCGAGCGUUGGGCGGUUGCAAAGACAGCGCGUGGGCCACCCCCGUCAACGGUUGUGGGUCCUCUACACCUGCAUGCUGCUGUGUCUUUGGGAAGUGCAGAUGGUCGUUCUGCUGCCACCAGUGCAACACUCACUCAAAGUCGCAAGUGUGUGGGCCAGGCACGGCCGCUGGCUCGCUGCUGUCGGUGCAGUGCCAGCAGCGUCCCCCGACUCGAUGCUCCGCUGGCGUAUCGUUCAGGCCAUUGGAUUGUGGUGGGCGGGGACGGAGUUUGUCUGCUACCACGCCGCCGCCCCAGCGACUUCUCAGGUGGCAUCUCUCAAAGGCGGACAGAAGCUGCGAGCGCUUCUUUUGCGAGAACUUGCGCAGAGGGAUGAAAAUCAGUGGUCACGUGCCGUCAACCAGCAGCGCGCGGCGCACGGCAAGCUGCAGCAGCUUCGGCUUGAACGAGACAUCUAUCUUUAUCGGCCUUCGCGAGCAGGUAGCAACGAUUGGUGGCGACACGCGCAACGCGGCAGGUCGGACAGGAGCGCACAUGCACCGUUUGGCAGCAACGUCAGCCACUGUUGCUGGCUGUGCAGAGAUGACCCACAGCACCUACCGACCUCCGUCGGUGGUGGCCGCCGCGACGGGCACGAGUGCAACCCGACCCUCUUCCACAAUGGGCCUGCCCCUUCCAGCGCUGCAGGGGUGCACGCGCACGACACUUGUUGGACCGCUGCUGCAGUGGGAAGCAGCUCGCUCUACUCGAACGCGUCCGUGUACGACUGCCUCGCGGGGAUACGCGCGCCAUGGCAGCACUCCGAGAACGCCUCAGCGCAGCCGAGCCCGGCGAGCGCGGAAGGCGACUCCGCAGCGGUGCUAGUCACCGCGACCGCAGCCGUGGUGCUGAGCGAAAGCGCGGCCGAACCGCUGAAACUCCACAACCUCGAGGUGGAGCGUCCGCUGUACAUGUGGCAGGGGUGGGCCCGGGCGCCAACACGAAGUCCCUGUAAAGACGGAGGGGACGGAGACGAGGAUGACACUGGCGUCCGCCAUAGCAGCUGUGGGUCCUACAGCAACGGAGAGCACCGCGCAUAUCGGUGGAGCCCGCCUCCGUCACACUCGAGUGCGCACUCUCCUUACACCUUUUCUGUUACCACGUCGAUCCCCCUCCCGGGCCACUCGCGGUUGCACGGGGCCGGUUGCUCCAGUGCACGGUGGCCGUCGAUGAUCCAUGGCACAUCAGUCGACAUAUCUGCGGUCGGCCAUGCAUCGUCAUUCGCGGAAGAAGCUGCGCACCAACGUCCGCCCUUGUCGCCGGAAGCCUCGGCACAUCCGGAGGAGGUGCGAGCUGAACACGCGCCGGUGUCGCUGUCGAUGGUCAGCGCCGAGGAAACGCGAAGGGCCGCAGACGCCCGACCCCCUCUGUCGUCCCUGCUGGCGCGUCUACGCGGCAGAGCCGAAUCGGUCGCACAUAAAGCGGUGGAGCUGCUCCGUGGCUAUCUGUGGCGCCAUACAAUUCUUCUUCCAGCAGAAGUGGAGAAUUCAGCAACCGAAUGCCCAGCCGGUCCACGAGCCGACGUAGUGCAUCCUCAGCGACAACCACGCCGUCAGCCCGUGGAGAAAGUGGCCGAGCACACGCAACCAGCCUUUGCAUCAGCAACAUCACUCACGGCUGCGGAAGGGAUCACGCCACCGCCGGGCAUCCGUGUGGGCGCACCUUCAUCCACCGUUUCGCGCCGUGAGGUCGUGCACCUGCCCUCGCUAUGGAGGCUGCUGGAGCUAUACGCAGUGCAGUACUGGUCGUCUCUGUGCGCGCUGCUCAUGCUGAGCCAAUUCGCGGUGUGCGGCACCGUCGUCAAUCUUGCGCCGUCGUUUGUGAGCAUCGUGUACGCGCUGCUGCAGCGACCAUGGCCGCCAUUGUGGUACUGGCGCGUGCAACUGCUCUUCACCGCCUUGGCCUUCCUCGCCAAGGGCGCUGCGCGUGUCUACCUCCUCACCAUGGGGCCAUCUGUGAGCCUGACCACCUGUCGUUGGCUUAGCCUGCUGCUUCUACGCGUCGGCGUGGGCGCGCCAUCCGCUCCGGUGGCAUCGCUGUCGUCUCCGUCAUCGUCCACCAUGUUUGGCAGCGAAUCUCACCGCGAUAUGUGGGUGGAUCUUGCGUUGAGCGGGUGCGUCGUGACGGCUGUUGCUAUCCAGUGGGCUGUCGUCUAUCCGGACCACUGCGUAUUCUGGAAUUGCAAAGGCGAGCGUGACGCGACGGCAAACGUUUCGGCGGCCGCCUUCGCUUCAUUAGAGCCCAUCGGGCCACCCACUCGCGAAGCACGUCAGGGCAAGCCGCACCGCGGCGUCGCGGAGCUGUGGAGAAGCUGCAAGCGUCAUCUGCAGUGCUGGAGUGCGCACCGCUGCGGCGCUGGUGCCGAUUACUACGCCGCGCAACUCUUCUUUGACAGCCUCUCGCUCGCGCUUUUUGGCUGGGCCUACUACGCCAUUGUGCCCGAGGACAUCGCCACCUCUGAAGGCAACUUUCUCCACGCCGUUCAGCAGAACCAUCUGCCAGGCAUCUUCGUGGCCACCGCGCUGGGGCUCGUCGUUGUCCUCUUCCUGGAGCGCAUCCUCUACGUUCUGCACGCCCUUUUCGCCAAGUACCUGCUGCACUUCUUCUUGGCCGCUGUCUACCACGUGCUCUAUGUGCUCUGGCGCGCCGCGCAGGAGAGCAAGGGAGGCAGCGGUGCCACCCCCUCAGCCGCCACCACGGCGUCGGUAUCUCUGCUGCUCUCUGCGAAGUUCGCCUCUCUUUGGUGUGGCGCGCUGCAGUUGCGUCACGGCUACGCACUGCAUCACCUGCAUGAUCCCUUCACGAUCAAGACGGACCUGCUUCAUUGGUUGGGACACGUGUCGUUUCGCGCUGUGCCGUUCCUAAUGGAGCUGCGUGUAAUGCUGGACUGGUCGUUCAGUGCAACAACGUUGAAAGUGCAGCAUUGGAUGCUGCUAGAGGACAUCCACCACACGGUGUAUCGGCGCUAUGUCGACAUGCACGACCUGUACCACACAAGCCGUCACCACGGGCGUCACUUUCCAUACCUGGUCCGCCUUUACCAAGGCGUUCUCGGAUUCACCGUCAUCCUGUUCGUGCUCUUCUUUCCUCUGUUUUGGUACUCGACGUUUAGCCCGCAAGUGCGCGCGAGCCACGUCACGGCCUGGGCGACGGAGGUGGCUCUCGCUAGGAUGUCUUCUGUGCCGCUGUUUAGCGCUGACGCCGCGGUACGUCCGUUCAGCUUUCACGCAGCAGCAACGAUUUCGUUGGGUGGCGCCAGCGUGGGAGCUGCGGGCCUCCUGCGCUUUGCCGCCGUCACGGGCACUUGGCAGACGGCGCAUGUCGCGUCGUGCAGCACCCGGAUGUGGUCCUACACACCAGCAGCUCUGCAGGAACUUGUCGAUCGGCUUGGCAAACGAACUGAGGUGGUUACUCUUCUUGUGCGUCACCGCGUCACUCGCAACCGUGCCAGUGAGGCCGCGAUGAUCACGGUUGGCCUCGAGGAGUCGUACGCGCUGCCGCCCACAUCGCAGGCUCUUCUUGCCGAGGCGCUCAAUGCGUGGCGCACAAUGGAUGACGCUGACUCAGCCGGCACGGCAGAAUACUCAGCAAGCGCGUGGGAUCCUAUUGAAGUACCACUGCCGCUCCUGUACUCGCCGUAUGUGCUGAGUUAUGGAACGGGUGUCUCAUUCCUGUCAGGCGCGACCAUGCGAAGGGCGAACUGCUCAUUGACACUACACCGCACGGGGCGAUACCGCGGGUUCAGUUGUGUAAAGUGUGCCGAGGGUGGCCAAAGCAGCCCUGCAACAGCCACCUUCGCCGCUGCUACGACCGCCAAUCCCGCAGGCUCAUCGCAGAUCGCGUCAGGAGCGGAGAUUCGCGAAAUGUCAAGCCCGUUGACGUUUGUGGUUGCGUCCAACAACGUGGCGAUCGUGCAAAGCAGUUUCUCGCUGAUCCCCAACGUUGGCAUUAUCGCCCUCUACACCAGCUUUGUUUUGGUGAUGAGCAGCUACAUCCGCAACUACUUUGCUGGCGACGCGCACCGAGUUGUACUCCUGCAGCUGGCUAAUCCCGAGCCAGUAACGGAGCUGCUGCGCUACCUGUACCUCGCCCGCUCCUCCGCCAACGACGGACAAGUAGGUGACUUGGCCCUGGAGCAGCUUCUCUUCGUGGAGCUUCUCGACCUCCUCCGCUCACCGGAGCGCUUACUGCGACUGAGUGGCCGUCGCGUCGACGACUACGCAUAUUCAACGUACCGACAAGUGCUCUACGACGCAACGAGGCGGCCGUUUGCGCCUCCAGGUGAGGGAAGGGGCUAA